AUGGCUCAGUCUGGUAAAAUGUUUAAGCGUGAAGUGGUCAGUUUGCAUGUUGGACAAGCUGGUGUGCAGAUUGGGAACGCAUGCUGGGAACUGUACUGCCUAGAGCAUGGCAUACAACCGGAUGGAAUCAUGCCUGCAGAUCAAACACUCGGUGUUGAGGACGGCUCAUACAAUACGUUCUUCUCUGAGACUCAUUCAGGAAAACACGUUCCAAGAGCGGUUUUCGUCGAUCUGGAGCCCACUGUGAUAGAUGAGGUCCGUACCGGAACGUACAAGAAUCUAUUUCAUCCGGAACAGCUGAUUUCCGGCAAAGAAGAUGCAGCCAAUAACUAUGCCAGAGGUCACUACACGAUUGGCAAAGAGUUGAUCGACGUUUGUAUUGACCGCAUUAGAAGACUAACUGAACGAUGUAACGGACUUCAAGGAUUUUUGUUAUUCCAUUCGUUUGGUGGUGGAACUGGAAGUGGUUUCGCAUCGCUGAUUAUGGAAAGACUAUCGGUUGAUUACGGUAAAAAGGCAAAACUCGAGUUCAGCAUCUAUCCCGCACCACAAAUUAGCACAGCAAUGGUUGAACCGUACAAUUCAAUAUUGACAACCCACACAACAUUGGAGCAUUCGGAUUGUUCUUUCAUGGUGGACAAUGAAGCGAUUUACGAGAUUUGUCGUCGAAAUCUGGAUAUUAAAAGUCCAACGUAUACAAACUUGAAUCGUUUGAUCGCGCAGAUCGUCAGCUCAAUCACAGCGUCGUUGCGUUUCGAUGGCGCUCUGAAUGUAGAUCUGACCGAAUUUCAAACAAAUCUGGUGCCGUAUCCUAGAAUUCAUUUCCCAUUGGUCACAUACUCACCCAUUAUUUCUGCCGAAAAAGCCUAUCAUGAGCAAUUAUCAGUUGCUGAGAUAACAAACAAAUGCUUUGAACCGGGCAGUCAAAUGGUUAAAUGUGACCCUAGAAAUGGCAAAUAUAUGGCUUGCUGCUUACUCUUCCGUGGUGAUGUGGUACCAAAAGAUGUUAAUUCAGCGAUUGCAACGAUUAAGACCAAACGUGCGAUACAAUUCGUUGACUGGUGUCCAACAGGCUUCAAAGUCGGUAUAAACUACCAACCUCCAACGGUGGUGCCAGGCGGUGAUCUGGCCAAAUUGCAACGAGCCGUUUGUAUGCUGUCGAAUACGACGGCAAUUGCCGAGGCAUGGGCUCGUUUGGAUCACAAGUUCGAUUUGAUGUACGCCAAAAGGGCUUUUGUGCAUUGGUACGUCGGUGAAGGUAUGGAAGAAGGAGAAUUCUCUGAGGCUCGAGAAGAUAUGGCAGCGUUGGAGAAAGACUACGAAGAAGUGGGUGUAGAUUCAUUUGAUCCGAAUGACGAGGAAUAUUGA